ACCUCAGAGGCUUUCCGAAAUCCUGGUGGAGUUCCUGUAAUUAUUACAGCUAGUAAAAAUUGCACUUUCCUGAACAACCAAGCUGAUGUCUUUGAUCAGCUAAUCGCCUUGAUAGAACAGAGGCAUUCCUAUCAGAACAGAAGGUGGUUGAAUCCCUUAUUUAUUACUGGCCAUAAACGGAAGCUUGAAGAAGAUGACAUGUAUAAAGUGCUGCCAGAAGAUUCCUCAGAGAAGCUUGGAGAGGAAUUGCAGUGGUACUGGGAUAAAGAGGUGCAAAAAGCAAAAAAGAGAGGAAAAACGCCACAUUUAACAAAAGCCAUUAUUCUUUGUUACUGGAAAUCCUAUUUAGUUUUGGGGAUUUUCACAAUGAUUGAGGAAACCCUCAAAAUAGUUCAGCCAAUAUUUUUGGGAAAAAUCAUUAGUUAUUUUGAAAGCUAUGAUUCCUCUGAUGAGGUUGAUUUGAAUUUUGCAUAUUGCUACGCAGCUGCUCUGUCUGUGUGCACGCUUAUUUUGGCUAUAAUGCACCAUUUAUACUUCUAUCAUGUACAGCGGGCUGGCAUGAAGCUGAGGGUCGCUAUGUGUCAUAUGAUUUAUCGGAAGGCACUUCGUCUCAGUAAUGUUGCUAUGGCAAAAACUACCACUGGUCAAAUAGUGAAUCUCCUGUCAAAUGAUGUGAACAAAUUUGAUCAGGUAACAAUUUUCUUGCACUUCUUGUGGGCUGGACCACUUCAAGCUAUAGCAGUAACAGCACUUCUCUGGAUGGAGAUAGGCCCAUCAUGUCUUGCAGGAAUGGCGGUUCUCAUUAUUCUUCUUCCCGUGCAGACCUGCAUUGGGAGGCUUUUUUCUUCCCUAAGGUAAGGUUGCAC